UCCGCCUCCUCCCCCCUCCAUCUCUCCUCUCCUCGCGCCAUGAUGGACGUCGUGAAUCAGCUGGUGGCCCAGGGUCAGUUCAGGGUUCUGAAGGUUCCUCUGGGCUUCAUCAAGGCCUUAGAAUGGUUUUUUGCCAUCUUUGCCUUCUCCACCUGUGGAAGUUAUUCUGGGAUGUUCCGGAUGUCCGUUGAGUGUGAGAACCGGACAGAGAGCGAUCUGAGCAUCGAAGUGAAGUUUGAGUAUCCCUUCAGAUUGCACCAGGAAUACUUCGACGCUCCCACCUGUAAGGGCGGGAAGGAGCGCGUCUUCCUGGUGGGCGACUACUCUUCUUCCGCCGAAUUCUUCGUCACCAUUGGCGUCUUUGCCUUCCUCUACUGCACAGCGGCUCUCAGCAUCUACGUCUUCUUCUUCGACAAGUACAAGGAGAACAACAAGGGCCCGCUGGUCGACCUGGGGGUGACGGCGGUCUUCGCCUUCAUGUGGUUGGUGAGUUCAGCAGCUUGGGCCAAAGGUCUGUCUGAUGUGAAGACGGCAACCGACCCAACCAACGUCGUCACAAUGGUCCACGCCUGCAAAGAGAAGAACCACUGCCGUGAAGUCCACGAUCCGGUCAUGUCCGGACUCAACACCUCUGUGGCGUUUGGUUUCAUCAACCUGGUCCUCUGGGUGGGAAACCUCUGGUUCGUCUUCAAGGAGACGGGCAUCAUCGCUCCCUUCAUGCGAGCUCCGCCUCCUCAGGAGAAACCCGCCCCCGAUGCGUACGGCCAGCAGGGGACGUACGAACAAGACCCGUACGCCAGCAACCAGAGCAGCUACCAACCCGACUACAGCCAGCAGGGGUACAACCAGGAUGCAGAGUACGGUCAGGGCUACGGCCAGCAGGGGGCGCCAACCUCCUUCUCCAAUCAGAUGUGAGCUGAGAGCAAACAGGAGGCAUCGGAGUGGACCAGCAGUGGGUCGCCUGCCACGUAUCCACGAUACAUCCCUCCUGUUGGUCUGUAGAGCUGAUGGCUGGGUUGGGGGGGUAGAUGUUGAUCGAUCUGUAAAUGACACAAAAUGAUAAUUAUUGUCACAAAUCCACAACUUGGACAGACCUCCAAACAACAACGCUGUUGAGCAGAACUCAGUUCGGAUGUUAAAUCAGAAGUAUCUGUGGAGAGAAUGCAUGUCUGUGUUGUACAGAUUUCACUUUCAACAAAUAUAGAUUUUUUUUUUACCUUGUCCUGUCCAGCAUGGUGGUGGCAGAAUGAUGGUCUGGCUGCUCUG